UAAAGGUAGACAUAUUCUCCGACGCAGAGCCUAAAGUUACCCGCCGCUGAAGAGUCCUUCAUACCGCUGAAGAAUCCUUCAUACCGCCUAAGCCACAUGCAUUUCAGCUACCAUCCUAGCAACACCAACACCAAUAAUAACGUGGUAGACCUAAAUCCAGAAAUCGAAUUUGAUGGGCCGCCAGCGGCGCGAAAAAUGAUAAUCGGUUCUUUCUCGAUGUUCGUAAUAUUCUCGUAUCUGCAGCUACUAUACAUCCUGGUGUCCAUCUACCUAGCGUUGCACGCUCAUCAUUAGACCUCCAUGGAACAUCCUUACCCAGGAUAAUGUAUCACUUUGUGUCCGAACAGAUGCCGGAGCUUCGGCUAUCGGCGGAUGCUCUAGUCACCAGCC